AUGCGAACGGACUGGUCAUCGACGGCGCUCCGUGUAACAUUGUUCGUGACUUUGAUUCUUGACAAUGCGUGCACGUCGAAAAGACAAAAGCGUCAGCUGUUCCGUGAGAAUGUGUUGCCAUACUUCGGUGGUAAAAUACCAGAUUCUGCUUUUCAUGCGGACCGCUUGGCACUAAAUAUGCUGAACAAAGAAGGAAUAUCUGUACCCGAUGGUGUUCUGUUCGAAUCCAGACCCAAAGAGUCGUUCCACCAAAGUCAACGGAACGAUCCAGAACUACUCAACUCGGUAGUCAAAAUGAUCCAUACGCCGGACGGCAGGUUUAUACCUUCAGAAGGCCGGUACGACGCUGAAAACGAAGUAGAGUCCACGUACAGAAUAUUAAUACCCUCAAAUAUACAGAAUUAUCAUCUACCAAGGUUUAGGCCGGUACCAGAAUCGCUACAGCUGUCUGUUCAGCAUGUAUUUGAGAGCGACCGGUUGUCAAUAGCACCCAUUAUGGGAAAUAUAGGUGUACCAUUAUACCCUAUAUUACAGAAUUGGAAUUUACGUGAUGCCCACCGGCCCUACGUUGACCAAUUCAAUCACAAUGUCAAUCAAAUUAUAAAUGUCCAAUCGAACGUUAAAAACGUACAUUUGACGAGUUUUGUGUGUGAUAGAUCAGGAAAAAUGUAUCCAGAUCCAGAAACUCAAUGUCAGGUUUUUCACUUAUGCCAUUACAAUGGAUUCAGAGAGACAUUCGUUUGUCCACAAGGAACCCGAUAUAAUCCAACAUUACAGGAAUGUAGACUUUGGUACUUGACUCCCUGUCUGGAUAUGCGCAGGCCUUAUUAA